AUGCCUUCAUCAACCUCCGCCCCAUCCAAACCACCUGCAAAGAACGUCCCCAAUCCACGCCGUCUGCUCAUCCUCACCCCACCAACACAAUCCCCCUCAAUCAUUCCCCCUCUACUGCAUACUCUAAGCGGUGUCCCCAUAACAGAGAUUCCGAACUCACAGCCAAGCCAGAGCCAGAGACAAGCUCAGAGCCAAUACCUCCCCAACCCUCCUUCGCAGGCUACACAACCCACAGCCCCCCUCCGCCUAAGUACAAAAUACUACACAGCCGAAGUACCAAUCUGGGUCGACGAGGUGGCCCUCCUCUCCGCGCCAAAGAACAACUCCAAUUCCAAUUCCAAUCCAACUUCCACCUCCACAUCCACCCCCGACUCGAGUUCCGGCUCAGAAACAUGGAAAAACGACUUCCUUAGCGAGGAAGCCCAAAUCGUCCGCGAAGCCGUCGGCGCUCUAGUCGUCGCUGUCCGGGCCCCUGCUCCGCGCAACGAUGCAAAUGCAGACGUGGACGUCGCCCAGUCAGAAGAUGUCCUUGCGCUGAGCGCGCUGAUGCGUGAUAUUGGAGCUGUGAAGGGAUGUAUUGAUGAGGAGCGGGGUGGGAUGGAUGUCCCUGUGGGGUGGUGGGAAGAUCGACUUUUUGAUAUGGGAUUGUUUGGAUGGGAGGUUGUUGAGUGGGAUCCGCUUGGGGAGGAGAAGGAGAAGACUAGGAAUAAGUUUGGUGAAUACGAGGGCAUGCCUAGGAUUAAAGAGGUUCUUGAAACGCAUGAUUGGAGUGCUGCAGGGGAGGAUGGACUCGAUGAUGAUCUUGAGGCGGAAUUGCUUGGGUUUGAUCGGGAGGGUGGUAGUGGGUUUGGAAUGGAGGUGAAUGAGUUGGAGCGAGAAAUGCUUGGUUUGCGGAUGGCGAUUGAACGAGGUGGCGGCGAUGGAGAUAGUGAUGGGGAGAUUGAUGGCGAUGAGGAAGAUGAUAAAGUUGAAUCGAUGGAGACAUUGAUCAUGCGCAUGCAAUCUCUACGAGACAUGGGCUCCGAGUUGCCAGACAGUGAGCGAAGGAGGUUCGCUGCGAAAGCGGUGCAGGAUAUUAUGCGUGAGCUGUAA